AUGACUUCGUUACCGGUUCGUACGAACGGCAAUGAGGCUGCGGAGGAUGGUGCGGUGGGGGUUAAUGGCGUAGCGAGCAGGGCGGAGGCUCCUAGGUGGAGGAAUGACAGUGAGGGCGGCUGGGUGGUGCAGAAGUUUGGGGGCACGAGUGUAGGGAAGUUCGCGGUCAAUAUUGCAGAGGAUAUCGUCAGGGCGAGUUUGAAAGACAAUAAGAUUGCGGUGGUUUGUUCGGCCAGGAGUACGGGGAAGAAGGUUGAAGGGACCACAAGUCGGUUAUUAGAGGUCUUUGGUGUACUGGAAGAGGUCAAUUCGGUCAAGGAUAUCGAGUCCGUUCAUUACGAGAGUCUCGUCGCGGAAUACGAGCGAUUAGUACAGGUCAUAUGCGAAGACCAUGUCUAUGCCGCGCGCACACAUAUUCGAGACGAAAGUAUACGAGCAGCGCUGGUCAAAGAGGUUGAGGACGAAUGCAGAGAGGUUGUUGAGUAUCGCGAGGCAGCCCAACGAUGGCAUUUAGAGAUUGAUGGGAGGAGCAAGGAUCGUAUAGUCAGUUUUGGAGAGAAGCUGAGUUGUCGGUUUGUGGCUUCCUUGCUGCAGGACCGGGGAGUGGAUGCCGAAUUUGUGGAUCUCUCAGAUGUGGUCACUUUCAAGCCCGUGAAAGGGCUGGACUUGGAAUUCUAUAAGCAGCUGUCUGCCGCUCUGAAGGAGAAGGUGCUGGCAUGUGGGGAUAAGGUACCAGUUGUUACUGGCUACUUUGGAACGGUGCCAGGUGGAUUAAUGGAUGGUGAAAUUGGAAGAGGUUAUACGGAUCUCUGUGCAGCACUGAUUGCUGUCGGAAUCAAAGCAGAUGAGCUCCAGGUUUGGAAAGAAGUUGACGGUAUCUUCACGGCCGACCCAACCAAGGUUCCAACAGCUCGUCUCCUACCCACCAUUACUCCAGCCGAGGCAGCAGAAUUGACAUUCUACGGGUCAGAAGUCAUCCACCACCUCACUAUGGACCAGGUAAUGCACGCUACCCCCCCGAUCCAAAUCCGCAUCAAGAACGUCAAGAACCCCCGUGGAAAUGGUACCAUCGUUCUCCCAGAUGUUAAGCUCAGCUCCAAUCAAUUACUGCAUGCUCGAAGUGCCAGCACCGUCUCACAAACAAGGAAAACGCCAAAACGGCCAACGGCAGUCACCAUUAAAGACAAGAUCUGCGUCAUCAACGUACAUUCCAACAAGCGGUCUAUCUCCCACGGUUUCUUCGCGAAGGUCUUCCGUAUCCUCGACAAGCGGCAAUUGUCCGUAGAUCUCAUCUCCACAUCUGAAGUACACGUAUCCAUGGCCAUACACUCAGCCAAUAUAUCAGACGAUGAACUUUUGAGAGCCAAAGAAGAAUUGGAGGAGUGCGGUGAGGUCAGCAUACUGAAUAAGAUGGCUAUCUUGUCGCUGGUGGGUGCUGAGAUGAAAAAUAUGAUUGGUAUUGCGGGCAGGAUGUUCAGUACGCUGGGCGAGAAUAAUGUCAAUAUUGAGAUGAUCUCACAAGGUGCCAGCGAAAUCAACAUUAGCUGUGUCAUCAACGCGUACGAGUCUACGCGUGCCAUGAACAUACUGCAUACAAAUUUAUUCACCUUCCUCGAGUAG